AAAGCAAUGCCCCCGCUGGCUAGUUAGUUUUCUCUUCUUCCCUCCGCUGCCUCCGCCGACUGGACCCAUCCCAACAGCCCAAGCGGAGAGAGAAGAAAAAAGAAACUCUCCAGUCCUGUCCUGAGUGCGGAAAAUUAAAAAGAAGAAAUACUAGUAGCCAGUAGCCGUAGCCGCAGUAGUUAGGUGUAGCAAAAUGGAUCAGGCGGAUCAGGUGGCGAAGGCAUUCGUGGACCACUACUAUUCAACCUUCGACACCAAUCGGAGCGGGUUGGGUAACCUGUAUCAAGACCAGUCCAUGUUGACAUUCGAAGGCGAGAAGUUUCAGGGCUCCUCCAACAUCCUUGCCAAAUUGACUGGUUUGCCCUUCCAGCAGUGCCAGCACGGCAUCACCACCGUCGAUUGCCAGCCCUCUGGUCCUGCCGGUGGCAUGCUUGUCUUUGUCUCCGGUCUUCUCGUGGUCGACGGCGGGGAGCACCCCCUCAAGUUCAGCCAGAUGUUCCAUUUGAUGCCCACUCCUCAGGGUAGCUUUUAUGUGCUGAAUGACAUUUUCCGGUUGAAUUACGCGUGAUGCGGUACAUGUCCGUUUGUUAAAUCACUGGGGUCGAAUGCUGCCCCAAGUGCCAUAAACCAAAUUAGUUUCAGCUUUGAAUUCUAGCUUUCCAGUGUCCAAACUUGGCAUUUUCGGGAUGUUCAGUAAUUGUUUGUCUUCGUCUAUGGUGACUGGCGGAUGGUUGAGUUGUCAUUAGACCUAUUUUAAUGCUGCGUUAAUUUUGCCAAGAAUUUUCAAAUGAAUUGGAUAGUGAUAUUUGAACUAA